GUACAAAACGGCAUCAUGUCGGUAACAACAUGCUUAUGCGCAUUUUUGCUGCUGGUCAGCAGUUCAUCAGCUGAGAUUUUCAAUAAGUCAUGGUGGAACAACACUGUCAUCUAUCAAAUUUAUAUAAAAAGUUUCUAUGAUUCCAAUGGUGAUGGCAUAGGCGAUUUAAAAGGAAUAACUUUAAAGUUAUCCUACAUCGUGGAUACUGGCAUCAACGCGAUCAGCUUAUCGUCCAUAUAUAAUGACUUUAAUGUUGAUUUGGAAUAUGACAUAACUAAUGAUGCAGGAAUCGAUCCUAUUGUUGGUACAAUGGAUGAUUUCAAGACUCUCGUGGCGGAAGCUCAUAAACUCGGUUUAAAAGUGAUUCUCGAUGCCAUACUUAAUUAUUCGUCUGACAAGUACUUAUGGUUCCAAAAGGCUCUUCAAGGCGAUGAGAAAUAUAAGGGAUAUUAUAUAUGGGCAGAAGGUAAAAAUAAAGAUAACAAAACUCCACCUAAUAAUUGGAUUAGUAUAUCUGGUGGUUCCGCAUGGACUUAUGUCGAUUCACUAAAACAAUGGUAUCUUCAUCAAUACGGUCCUGGAAUGCCUGAUUUGAACUACUCGAAUCCUGAUCUAUUGCAGGCGCUACAAAAAACACGGGAAUUCUGGUUGGAUACGGGAAUAGAUGGAUUCAACCUAAUUUCCGCCCCAUACAUUUUCGAGGAUAAAGAAUUGCGAGAUGAGCCUAGAAGUUAUGCGCCUGGUGCCACACCGCAAGAUUACAAUUAUUUGGAUCACAUUUACACCGUUAACCAAAAACGUACUUACGAGUAUUUAAAAAGUAUUAAAAUACACACUGAUCAAUAUGCGGAUGAAAUUAAUGAAGAUCCAAAGUUACUAAUGAUAGAGGCGUAUACCGAUUUUCCACAUAUCAUAGAAUAUUAUAACUAUGAUCUGUUGCCUUCCAAUUUCGAGAUCAUUAAACAUGUAACUGCUAAUUCGUCCGCGGAAUAUGUCAAAGAAGAAAUCGACCACUACAUAAAUUCAUUACCGAGUGGUACAAUCGCCAAUUGGGUGUUAGGAAAUCCUGACUAUCCACGCGUAGCAUCGCGUUUCCCCGGAAGAUUGGAUCAAAUGACUAUGUUGUCCAUGAUUUUGCCGGGUAUAGCAGUGACUUAUUAUGGCGAUGAAAUCGGUAUGGUGGAUGAAAAGGGUACAUCCUGUAAGGAUACAGAAGAUCCCGAAACCUGCAACGCGAUGUCUCGCACUCCAGAACAGACUCCAUUUCAAUGGAAUGCGACAAGAAACGCAGGUUUUAGUAUGGCGAAUUCGACGUGGCUUCCGGUGAAUCUAAAUUAUAAAGAGCUAAACUUGGAGAAUAAGAUGGGUAUUAAGAAUUCGCACUAUCACAUCUACAAAGAUUUGGCUCAUUUGCACGGAAAGGAACUAGCACUUACCGAAGGAAGUUAUACAUCGUUCAUCUCAAACGAUGAUGUCCUCGGUGUAAUUAGAAACAGCGGUGACCGUUACGUGCUGCUUCUGAUUAACUACAAGGAUGACAUAUCUCAAAACGUUGAUUUGUCAAAUCAUGAUCUUCCGGAAACAAUGAAACUCAAGGUUGCUUCUUCGGAAUCUCAUUCUUCUCUAAAACAACAGGUUGACAUAAAAAAUAUAUAUUUACCCAGGAAAGCCGCUGCUGUGUACACGUCUUUAAACAUUCAAUGAAAAUAUUACCUUUGUACAUAUUUGAGUAGACACUUUCUCGAUUAUGCACUUGUAAAUUACAAUAUU